UCCGUCACCCAGCAGACCAAUCCGAGAGCUGCAGUGCUCCACGUUCAACACGCAGCCCUUCAUGGGCCGAUUCUACCAGUGGGAACCUUUUAAUGACGUUUCCAGCGAGCAGCGCUGUGAGCUGAACUGCCGUGCCGUCGGCUUCCGUUUCUACGUUCGUCAGGCGGACAGAGUCAUCGAUGGCACUCCGUGUGGACAGAACCAGACGUCUGUGUGUGUGGCGGGACAGUGUCAGAGCGCCGGCUGUGAUGAUCUCCUGGGCUCUGGUAGUGUUCCUGAUAAAUGCGGCGUGUGCGGCGGAGACAACAGUGCGUGUAAGCUCGUCUCUGGCCUGUUCCAGCACAGUCUGUCUAAAGUGGGCUAUCACAAGAUCGUGGAGAUCCCGCCGGGAGCCACCAAGAUCAACGUCACCGAGAUGGUGAAGAGCAGGAACUACCUGGCCCUGCUCAGCCGGUCUGGCCGAUCCAUUAUUAAUGGAAACUGGGCCAUCGACCGUCCAGGAAUGUAUGAGGGAGUGGGAACGAUGUUCACGUACCGGCGGCCGAAUGAGAUCAGCAGCACCGCGGGAGAAUCCUUCCUGGCCGAGGGGCCGACCAAUGAGAUCCUGGAUGUGUUUAUGAUCUACCAGCAGCUCAAUCCAGGCGUUCAUUAUGAGUUCCUCAUGCCGUCAGAGAACGCCGUAGAUGCUCCGCGUCCUAAACAGAACCAGCUGGACCUGAAUGCUGUGAACGGUCCGGCUGGUUCUGAUGCGAACGGCCCGUCGACCCCGGAGGAUCACGAGAGGUCAGGGGUCAGCUAUCCUCCUCCCGUCCCGGAUAAUCAGCUUCCCGCAGCUCCGCCUUCAACCGGAGCCAGAGAAUACAACUGGAAACUCGGCGGCACCACAGACUGCAGCGCCUCCUGUGGACGAGGAAGCAGGUUCUCUGUGUUCGUCUGUGUUCACCGAGGAUCUCACGCUCUCGUGCCGAUCGAUCUGUGCGACAGCAGAACCAAACCCAGCCCUCAGGAGGAGCCGUGUAACGUCCAGCCCUGCCCUACCUUCUGGGACAUCGGCGAGUGGUCCGAGUGCAGUAAGUCGUGUGGUUUGGGAGUACAGUAUCGUCAGGUCCUGUGUCGUCAGGCGUACAGUAACCGCACGCUGAGCGUUCACAGCAGCCACUGCCGGCACAUGGAGCGACCCGAGACCAGCAGCUCCUGCCAGCUGAAGAUCUGCAGCGAGUGGCAGAUCCGCUCCGACUGGAGCCCCUGUUCGGUGCCCUGCGGUGUAGGUCAAAGGUCACGUGAGGUGCACUGUGUCAGUAAUGUGGGUGAUAUCGUGGCUGAUGACGAGUGCAACAUGAAGCUGCGUCCGAGCGACGUGGAGAACUGUGACGCAGGUGUGUGCACCAAGAGCUGGUUCUUCAGCGACUGGAGCGCUCAGUGUUCGGCGGACUGCGGCGCCGGGGUGCGGACACGCAGCAUUCAGUGUCUCACCAAUCACAUCAGCAGUCUGCCUCUGGAGCGCUGCGGGGCCCAACGGCCCCCCGAGGCCCAGCCCUGCAACAACGGCCCUUGUGAGAGCCGCAUGGAGUGGUUCACCGGGCCCUGGAGUCAGUGCUCGGCGGAGUGUGGCUCUGGUAGUCAGCAGAGGGCAGUUGUGUGUCUGAUGAGGUCUGACGAGGGUUUCGUCGUGAUGCCGUCGUACGAGUGCUCCUCUCUGGACAAACCCCUCAGCCAGCAGAGCUGCUUCAUCAAGACCUGCGGAGUCAAGUGGUUCCACACCGACUGGAGCGCGUGCUCAAAGACGUGUGAGACGGGGUACCGUGUGCGAGAGGUGUGUUGUCUGACCGAUGACAUGACCACCAGCGACCACUGCGAGGAAACACUGAAGCCUCAUGACAAGGAGGAGUGUCACCCUGAGCCCUGCCUGCCUCUGAUUGAUGAGAAGUGUCGUGAUAAAUACUUCAACUGUAACGUGGUGGUGCAGGCGCGUCUCUGCGUGUACGAUUACUAUCAGAUGGCGUGUUGCGUGUCCUGCAAGCGUGUGGCGCAGAGGAGCUCCGCACACUGGAGACAGCGAUCGUGAUCGAGUGAUGAUGAGAUCAGUAUGUACUCAGUGCGUCACACAUGAACACUAGAGCGCAGGAUCAGGAGAGAAUCACUGCGUUAGCAACCACUUCACUUCUGUUCACACUGCGGAUUUAAAGUGAAUUCAGCGUUAUUCAGAGUGAAUGUGAUCAGAACAGACUGGAUCUCUGAGAGGAGCGGCGCUGUGUGGAACUGUGGACGUGUUCAGCUCACUGCAAAACUGGAUCCGGUUCCUCAGAGAUCUGAAACGCAGAUCCGGUUAGAUACGCUUUCUUUGGUCUCUUAUUGAAUAAACUCUCAUCGACGGGCUUCAAGAGCAAAAACACAAAGACAGUGAUUCAUACUGACAGAAUUAACAUAUGGAGCUAAAAUAGUCUCAAAAUUAAUGUGUUUACAAAAUAUGGUUCACAAAUGCAAUAGCCAUGUCACAUUCAUAAAACAAACCUUUAUGUAUAAUGCAUUAUGUACGUUGUAAUGCAUUAAAUCUUUUCAUAAAUAAUUGUAACCAAAGUUACAAUGCAUUAUAGGUUUGUUUGCCAUGUUUUAAUGCA